GCCCGGCGCCCGCCCGCGCCCGGCGCCUUCGCCCGCGCGCCCAAGCGGAAGCACCAGAACAUCGGCUACCGGCUCGGGCACCGGCGCGCGCUCUUCGAGAAGCGCAAACGCCUCAGCGACUACGCGCUCAUCUUCGGCAUGUUCGGCAUCGUCGUCAUGGUGAUCGAGACCGAGCUCUCCUGGGGGCUCUACUCCAAGGAGUCCAUGUUUUCUCUGGCCCUGAAAUGCCUUAUCAGCCUGUCCACCGUCAUCCUGCUGGGCUUGAUCAUUGCCUACCACACACGGGAAGUGCAGCUCUUCGUGAUCGACAAUGGCGCUGAUGACUGGCGGAUAGCAAUGACUUAUGAGCGCAUCCUUUACAUCAGCCUGGAGAUGCUGGUUUGUGCCAUACACCCCAUCCCUGGGGAGUACAAAUUUUUCUGGACAGCACGUCUGGCCUUCUCCUACACACCCUCGAGGGCAGAGGCUGAUGUGGACAUCAUCCUCUCCAUCCCCAUGUUCCUCCGCCUGUACCUGAUUGCCCGGGUCAUGCUGCUGCACAGCAAGCUCUUCACUGACGCCUCGUCACGCAGCAUUGGGGCACUCAACAAAAUCAACUUCAACACCCGCUUCGUCAUGAAGACUCUCAUGACCAUCUGCCCCGGCACAGUGCUGCUGGUCUUCAGCAUCUCCCUGUGGAUCAUUGCCGCCUGGACAGUCCGUGUCUGUGAGAGGUACCACGAUCAGCAGGAUGUGACCAGCAACUUCCUGGGUGCCAUGUGGCUCAUCUCCAUCACGUUCCUCUCCAUUGGCUACGGUGACAUGGUGCCUCACACAUACUGUGGGAAAGGUGUCUGUCUCCUCACCGGCAUCAUGAUCAAGAAUGCUGCAGCCAACGUCCUUCGGGAAACGUGGCUUAUCUACAAACACACAAAGCUGCUCAAGAAGAUUGAUCAUGCCAAAGUCAGGAAGCAUCAGAGAAAGUUCCUUCAAGCCAUUCACCAGCUGCGCAGUGUGAAGAUGGAGCAGAGGAAGCUGAGUGACCAGGCCAACACACUGGUUGACCUUUCCAAGAUGCAGAACGUUAUGUAUGACCUGAUCACAGAGCUCAAUGACCGGAGUGAGGACUUGGAGAAGCAGAUUGGCAGCCUAGAGUCCAAACUGGAGCAGCUCACCACUAGCUUCAACUCUCUUCCCCUGCUCAUCGCAGAAACCCUGCGCCACCAGCAGCAACAGCUCCUCGCAGCUGUUAUCGAGGCUCGUGGCAUCAGUAUGGCAGGGGGCACCCCGCAGACACCCCUGUCCGACAGUCCGAUUGGGGUCAGCUCCACCUCCUUCCCAACCCCUUACACGAGUUCAAGCAGCUGCUAAAUUGCAGACCGAGCCCCCAAGCCCUACGAAGACAAACAAGAAGAGCUACUUGUAGGUCUUCAGAGUCAAGUCAACUCUGGCCGCCACAGAAACACCCAGGCCAAGCCAAUGCUGAAAGCAUGACUGAAUUAACGCCGAGGCUAGCUCAGAGCCCUCGGAGUUCAACAACGCCUUGGAACCAGAAAUCCAAUCUCUGUUUCGGUGCCUCUACGUUUGACGAGAAGGAAGCGGAUGUGAGGGGAAGCCUCUGGCAAGGCCUUUGCUGCAGUGUUUGGUGGAGGACAGAAAUCCACACUCAAUCUCAGGUCUUCAACUAGGGAAAAAAAAAAAAAAAAAGUCCGAAGCACUGAAGCAAUGGAGCUGUACCAGAGGGAGAGUACUCCACAGGGUGGGCUAUGAGCCAUGGGCAAAGGGGCUGCUUAUCUGCAGGGCCUUCCUUCGUCCCCAUUCCUCCCAGCCCUGUUUGUUAAGUGUCUUGCCAAGGAAGAGUCAGGGAGGAGGACAAUUAAUUUACCAAGACUGCUAUCCCUUUGCCUCCUGCACCUCACACAGCCCCCCUGGGGAGCUGCCUUCUUGCACAGGCUCUGAGCUCAGAGGCCCACUUGCCACCCUACCCCCGGCCAAAACACUGCCACAUACACACAUUUCCAGUUAGGGGAGGGUGUUUCGUUCGCUCUAUUCUGAGUCUCUUCAGAGUCCAUAUUCUGCCUGAAGCCAUGUGCUGGAGCGCAGUGUUCAGGUGUUGUGCACAGCAUCUGGGGCAUGCCGGCUUUGUGCGGGUUUUUAUUGCAUUACAUGGCGGUUACAGGGAGAUGUAUGAUGAGGCCCGGAUGAAACACACUGCAAGUCAAUCCAAUGCUGAUGGUUUAAAAAUGCACUGCCACUCAUAGAAUCAUAGAAUCUCAGGGUUGGAAGGGACCUCAGGAGGUCAUCUAGUCCAACCCCCUGCUCAAAGCAGGACCAAUCCCCAACUAAAUCACCCCAGCCAGGGCUUUGUCAAGCCAUGACUCCAAUAGAGCCAUGCGAGACAUCCGAGUUCCAAGCAUCCUGUGUCAGCAGGGCAGGGAGGGCUGCAGAACCAGUGCGCUCAGCCAAUGGUCAGGAAGGGCUUUGUGGAAUGGAACCAGAUGGUUCCUCCUGGAGCUGCAUCCAGUCCUGUUUGAGUGGCGCAAGGGUCACUGCACUGCAGGGCUUUCAAGGGGGCACCCUGGAUUCCUCCUGAAAAUCCCUCUGACAAGUAGAAAAAGUUGUGUGGUGGAUCUUGAAUUACCUGCAUCACCCACAAACCAGGGCCACCAGUAAUAGUCUCAGCAAAUAAUCCAGUACCUUUCCAAUCCAGAUACUCUUUGAAGAGGCUUCAGAACUGAAAGGUGAAACACCAAGGGCCAAUCAGAGAGAGGGUCUUAAAUUGUGACAUUAAUUUAAAAAUUCUUCCCCUUGGCUGACAACGACAUUCUACUAGCUCAAACACUGCUGUGACCUAACCAUGAGGUUGCUUUAAUGGGAGGUAGUAAUGGGGAGAAACACAGAAGAAGGUUGAUUAGGACACUUCAUCAGUUUAAAACAGAAGACUAAUUAAUUGCAGUGAUUCUGUUGAGUCUUGGUAGAUAGCAGCAGAACCACCUGGGGGUAAAUGAUGCAAUGCAUGGCUUCGCAGGCAGCUAGACAUAUCCACACCACUGGGUGCUGCCCUUUGUGGCCAGCUGCUGGUGGAGCUGCCUUCCACAGCAACAGUCAGGAGUGGAGCUGGACGGGCAAGUUGCUGCCACUGACGGUGGGAGAGUCCAUGAGAGAGAGAUGGCUAAUCCUUGCUAGUUGUCACCAGGGGCCUGGACACCGCCCAGCUUCCCCUUGGAACUAAAACGUUCCCUUCGCCCUCUGACAUUUUCACUUCUUAAAACUCUUUGUUCAGCCCCAGCUCCUGCCUUUGUUGUUUUAAUGCCUUGUAUGGUCUUUAUUCAGAGUUUUGCAGGCAGCCCAAGGCGCUGCUUGCUUUCUUAGAACUCCGGGGAUGGUGUUGGCUGCUCUCAAUGAACACUCAGCAGAGGAUAUUUAUAUAUUUUUAAACGGAUGAAGUAACCAUGUAAUUACUCUGUGAUAUUAAUUACACAUCACCCAGCGGUGUCUGCUAAUUGUAGUGAAAGUCACUGUGUUACUCCAGGCAUACUUAGCCUGGAAGCUUCUCCUCUGUAACUCUUUCACUUCCAUAAAGAACACUGGAUUCCAUAGGUACCUAGGCAGGGGUCUAUCAUCAGCACAGGGGUUUACAUGCAAAACUCUCCUUGCUGCUGCUGGUAGGUGUUGUGCACCUCAAGCCCUACAAUGAAAGUUUCUUAGAAAACAAUCACUAGCUGGAGAGAGGAAUACGACUUCUUCCCACCUGCUCUACCCCCUGGAAUGCUGGUGGCACAAUGGUAUUGCUCUGCUGCAUAUUGUGGCAGAAACACCAAGGGAGUUCUGCUAACAAUGCCCUAGUACCACAGAGGUCUGACUAACCCCGUCGGUAGAGCAGGAGCAAAAUACUGCAGAGGCAAGGCAGGAUGUUACACAGCCCCAUGCCAACAGGAACAAGGGCACCAUGGACACCUUUCCAUCAGCCCCACCCUCAGAGGGUUUCCUGCACCAAUGCUGUGGUACUCCUCACCCAGAACAUCUUUCACCAUCUUGAGACAUCGCAGACUCUUCCCUCCACACGGCAGCAUUAGAUAAUCACCAUCACCCCUCAAAGCCCAUUGCAGUGUGGGGAACCAGGGCUCAGACACACCCAUUUCCAUAGCGGGAGAGAUUUCCUGGUUUAUAGCCACACCAUGGUUUGGCCUCUCACCCUCCAAGUCGUAGCCAUCAGAUCUUUCUCCUACUUCAGGAAUGCUUCCAUUUCCACUGCCAUCGUUUGGUCCUUGCUUCCCUCCGUCCCAGCCACAAAUGCCCCAACUGCACGUGCAGCAUUCGGAGAGGAGAGAUGGCUACACUAAGAUCACUGCCAGUGUCCCUCCAGUCUGACCAGAAGGAGGUAUUCUAUCUACAGUAGCCAUCUGCUCCCCCUUUCAAAUACCUUGUAUGUGCAGAACUGCACAGGGCACAGUGUAGGCCAGUGGUUAGGUCACUCGACUGGGAGUCAGGAGCCCUGAGUUCUAGUCCUGGCUCUAGUCCUUGGGCAAGUCACUUCUCAUCUCUCUGCCUCCAUUUCCCCUCCUGUAAGAAUGUGAGGACAAUGCUUAUCCAUCUUUAUAACGUGUUUUCAGGUCUAGAGCUGAGAAAGGCUUUAGAAAUGCUAAGUAGUGUUAUAAAAUACACUUGUCUUCAUCUCUGGUGGUUCACAGAGGACUAAACUACAGCAACUUACACUGAAUCUGUGAUAUAAGGACUAGCAAGAGACAGAAAAAUAUACCCUUGAGUUUUAGAUCACUAAUGGGAGUAUCCGUUGCAAAGGAUUAGUAUCACCAGCAGGAAACUUGUGCCUAAUACUCAAUUUUGGUAAAUCCUAUUGAAUGAGAUGAGACUAGAAAAUGCCAAAUCACUAACAGAUUCAAAGCUUUAGUGAGGAAUGAGGCACAAGCAGUGAAAGCUUCAAUAUCACGUGUGGUGGAUGAGAAUUUUUCUUCAGGCAUAACUGUCUAGUACAGUGUAAUUUCAUUAGGAUUGAUUAUUAUCUUGACAGAAGUUUCUUGCUGGUUUAUAAAGAGACACAGAUACUCGACUGCCCUGCCAGCUGGUAUCUCUGGUGUGGCAAUAAGCAACGUACUGUGAUUCACUUGGCUGGUCCAGUACUCGUCACCAUUGCACUACCAGUCUCCACUGUUCCUCCACCCCACCAAUUCUGCAUUCCCUCACAUUUCAGCACCCUAGACAGCAGUCUGGUUAAUCCAAUCCUCAGUGGCAACAGCAUGUUUGACUCUACCUCUGAUACCCGUUUUUACUCCUUUGUUUCCAGCUACCAUUGUUAAGGUGAGUAUGGAAGUGAAAGCAAUGAUGUUUGCAGUGGCAUUUAAACGAUUCUACAGAGCCAUUGCUGUCAGGCAGCCUUUGCUAGUAGAAGGAUAAGCCAGCCACUGAUUAUCUUAAUGAGACAGGCACAUCCUGUAAUAUAGUAGAACCUCAGAGUUACAAACUCACCAGUUAACCACACACCUCAUUUGGAACCGGAAGUCUGCAAUCAGGCAGCAGCAGAGCCAAAAAAAAAAAAAAAGCCAAUACAGGACAGUGCUGUGUCUAAAGGUAAAUUACUAAAAAAAUAAAGGGAAAGCAGCAUUUUUCUUCUGCAUAGUAAAGUCUCAAAGCUGUAUUAAGUCACUGUUCAGCUGUAAACUUCUGAAAGAACCACCAAACUAUUUUGUUCAGCGUUACGAACAGUUCAGAGUUACGAGCAACCUCCCUUCCCGAGGUGUUCAUAACUCUGAGGUUCUGCUGUAUAGUAUCCAUUUCCCCAAUGUCCUAGGCUUACCCUGAGUAACUAAGGGGAGUUUUCCUAGAUUUACUAAGCCGCUUUAAUAGGACUCCUUUUAUAAACAAGUAACUGGCAUCUCUCCUAUACUGGAAACACCUAACCUGAACUGGAAUUUCCCUACGAGUAGCCCAUUGGCAAAUCUUUAACAACCAGUCUCCAUCUCCCAGUGGCAGGGGGUAUCUCUGUUUACACACCUGAGAAAGGCAUUCUGGAACGUGCAGUAAUGGGCCAGGAGAUGACACCCCCUCAAACUGAACCAGAACAAAGGAAGGGAAGAACCGAGACUAGCUGAGACUGAGGGAGGAAAAGCACAGGAGUAAAACUCAACCAUAGUUAUCAGCCCAAAGAGAUGCUGACAUUCUACCGCCAAAAAGCAGUGACAAACCACACGCAAAUCAGACUGAACCAGCCAAUGCCCACGUUUUACGGUAGAAGGAAGGGGAAAAAUAAACAUUCUCCGGCUCAUUAAUGCCAGAGAAAUUCUCAUCCUGAAUCUCAUACAGGACCCAGCCAUCUUCAACAAUCUCAUUUCCUGGCACAACCUCAGUUUUGCUCCAAGAACCUCUAUUCUGCACGGUCCAUGAGGGAAAAACCACAAAGAAGCAGAAUGCCAGAACCGAUAGAACAUCCUCUUUGCAACUCUUAAACCUGAAAUGUUUAUAUUCAGACUUAGAUGAUAAGCAUCCAUAUGGGUUUGCAUCUUGCCUCUGUACCGCUUGCUUUUUUUUUUUAAUAAUAGGAGAAAGCAUAAUAGUUUAUUUUAACUAUGAAAUAUAUUGCUAUAUUAUAAAGGGUAUUGUAACUUUCCAUUACGUUUUUCUAUCAAACUAGUUUGUUAGCAGGCAGAGGUGUCAGCCUGCUGUCAAAAUGUCUGUUUCUGAGUACAUGUCACUGCAGAUUUUAGCUUAACACAGGGACUAAGGCAAAUGGUCAGCAGAUUAGAGCCUUUGCAAUGCAUUUGUAGAGACUCCACAUAGUCCUAACCCUUUGAAUUUGUGACAAUUAAUAUGCACGAUAUAGGUGCUAGACAGAGAGAAGGGAAAGAUUCAAUGCAGGUCCUCAGCUGGUGCAAACCAGUGUAGCUUUACUGACCGCAAAGAAGCUCCCCCAGCUUCCACCAGCUAAAGUGGCUCUCAUUCAAGUCCUAACAUGCCCUGCCAGACCGUUUCUCUCCCUUGUUCUCUGUCUCCAGAUGAAUGCAGGAGCCUGGUGCCUAGGCCACAAACUGCAUGAAUCCAAAAUCCAAGCUCUGCAAACUCAAGUUUUCCCAGUGGGGCGUAGUAGCUUGUGGAAUGAGCAGUUAAAUGCUCCUCUCCCGAGCCCUGGGUUUCAGUGGAGUCUGUGCUGUUCAGUCGGGAUAACAAGGCUUGACGGCCUCAGCUCAGUGCCCACUGACAGAGGCCAAAAGCCCAGGAUGCAGACGCACUGCUCUGACCUGGGAAUAGCUUGCGCCCAGACAAGGAUGGGGGUCCGAAUGUCCUCCUAGAAUAGAGCACGUCUGCAGGGCAGCUGGAGGGAGCACACGGAAGCUCCAUGUGUCGCUCCUGGCCUGUAGAUCAGCAGAGAAGUUUGGUUUUCAGCAGCUGUUGUCCCCGAGACCCCCAGGACCAUGUGUGUUCAGGACUUCCUUGGGGUGGGGAGGUGAAUAAAGUUCUCCCUCUGUUUCUCCCCUGCCCUCAGUCAUCACCUGACUUCCUGUGCAAUAGUGUAGUACCGCCCUGCCUCGAUUAUGUUUGCUGCUGCAGAUAAGGUCUGCUUCCAGGGGAAAUUGUUUUAAGUGAAACAGACCCGACAGUGCUCUGUGCCUCACUGAGGCGCACUGCCCCGCCUGGUCACCACUAGCUCCCCGAGGAACUGCUCAACGUUCUUAGCCAGAAACGAACGCACCAUGCCAGGCCUGGAUGGGGCCAGCACCCUCUGGGCUCAUAUGGCAGCCAGUUCUAAGAUGCCAGUGUGAUACCAGGCUUCAUAGGAUACCCCAGAACGACACUGCCACAGGGCAGAGUUGACACAUUUCUUCACUGGUAUAAAGAGUCCUAAAUUCUGAGAGGGGCUGAUUUUCUGGUGGUACAAGGGGAUAUUCCUUACUGCAGAACAGAGACAUUAUGAGUUUCCGGGGACUCAUCCAGUCCCACCUUUGGGUUUUUGAUGCUUGUGGCUUGCAAGUAUUCGGAACAAGCAAACAAACAAUCCUCUUCCCAAUAUCUAGUCUGAUGGCUGCCUUGGAACUGGGCUGGGCUUGAUCUGCACAUGGGGUGGGUGUGCAAAGCUGGCGUGAGGCUCUCCCCUUUCCACUCCCCUGUGGCUGGUGCCUGGCCAGGCACCCUCUACCGAAUUAGGGCUGCUCCAACUUACACUUGCUCCAAAUGGCCCCAAGGGUCUGGAACUACAGCCAGUGAUCCCCAUGACACAUGGGCCUAGGUCAGACUCCUUCCCUCCAGAGCGGGAAGUGGCCAGAAGCUCCGUCUUACAAUGGAGUGACCUUCUUGGGCUGGCUAAAGCAGCUUUAGAGCAUCAGCAAUGCAGCACGGAGCAGCCAGAUCAGCCAAAGAGCCCGGCCCUAAACCUCUUUGUUCUGUAUUCCUGUUCAGUGCCUUGUACGUCAGUGUCCUGUCCUGUCCUGUCAUCCCCACUGCUUGUGGGCUCUGUCUGCAGUGCUCCGGAGCAGCACCCUUACAGUGACGAGCUGCCAUUCAGAGAACGACCCCCCCCAUGCUUCCCAGCACAUCUUCAUCUACCUGGAGAUCCGAACGCCCUUUUCCGCUGAGUCGCCAGCGCUGUCCCCAGCAGAAACGCUCUUUGCCCUGGCUCAGCACCAUUCAGACAUGCACAGCUGCCAGCCUAUCACAGGCAACAAACAUCCUUCGCUCCCUUUUCCUCUGUUUCCAGUCUGCAAACUAUUAGUCAAGGUGAAUGCAUGAGAGGAGAAGUCCAACUGCGCAUUCCUGCCCCUGGGACUCUCAUAAGAAUCAUUUACGUUAUUUCUUGCAAAGGCAAAGAUCCCUGCAGGAAACCCAUGAGAGAGCAAAACAGAUGGGGGCAGGUUUGCCAGAUCAUGGAACGAGCGGUGGUCCCGAGACCGGUGGAAUUGCUCAGAGGAUGAGCCCUCUGCACUAUUCCACUCUGGCUUCCCCUCAACCCACCCCAUUUUCACUGUCUCCUCUGGCAGCCAACGACUCCCUGCCCAAACUGCCUCCGGGUUGGUUCGCCACAAUGGAUCCUGGCUCUACAGGGAAACAUUGACGAUAUUACCAUCCUUAACCGCCACAAACAUUUCCCUGAAGGCAGUGGGGGAACAAAAAUCUGCCCUUCUCCCAGCCACAGCCCCUUAGCCAGCUGUGCCCCCCUCCACACCACGAGAACUGAAUUACAGAGAAGGGCUUUUCGGGGUUUGGGGAACUAUUCCGAUACAGGAUUAGUUCCCCUCCCUCUGUCAGACUUGGGGCUGUUUUCCUGACGCUUCCUCUGGCCCAGUGUUUAACAAAGAUGCUCAGUUUUACUUUCCUGCCUGAAUGGACAUUACCCAACAAGUGUGCUGCUUUCUCACUGCUUCUGUUCAAAGUCAUCUCAAAGGCUUUCCCUUCAUUUCAGACUCUGCCUCUGGGCCCUUUGGGUCCCUGCUAACAGCACAGUUACUGUGAGACACAGAGCAGGACAGGGUUUCCACUGGCUUGCUACUGAAAAUAUCUCCUUUCUUGGCUAACUACCAGUCCAGGAUUCCACCGGGGAACUGCCCCGACCGAGGUCAACCCAGUGAACUUAGUGGACUCUGAUUCACUAACCCUGAACUGUGAAUCAUCUCUGGUUGUUAUUUGUACGUAUCCACAGGCUGGAUUUGAUCCAGUGCUUACUUUUCCUAGUUCUUCUGCUAACCAUAUGCGUGGUCCCUGUCAACCCGGGGCUCCCUAAAUUUGGGAGGGAGGGGCGGAGAUGCAUCAGACAGCAUUGCCGUAAAACUGAUUUGUACCCAGAAACAGGCAUGUUUUAAACUAAUGGCUUUAACCUGUUCACUGUAAAAAGUGCCUUGGACUUAAAUCUGAAGAGGUCAGUAUCUAUAAAUAUUUACUAUGCGGGUGUGUAAGUAGGUAGAUACCUACGUAUAUACAUACACACACUCACAAAUAUACAAUCUAUACGUACAUAUAUAAAGGCUUCAGAACCCUCUGUCAUAUUGGUCUUUGGAGCUCUGUUCUUUCCUUCUGAUCUUAAAUAUAUUUGCUCAGAAAAAGGCCUUUUAUUACCAAGGCCAAACUGCCCAGCAGUGUACAUUGUUAUGAUUCUCUCUCUCUUUUUAAAUAACUUUUUAUGAACAAGUUGGAGGUUUUUUCUCUUGUGUUUUGAAAGAGCCAAUGCUAGGUCUGGUGGCUUUGAAUUCCAUCACCCCACACCUCCGCCCAGCAGUGGGAGAGCACCAGGACGUGUGGAAGAAGCAGGCUCCACUUCUCCGGGCUGCCCUGCUGCGGCAUUCUGAAGAUGGGUCUUUUGGAAGUGAGUCAUGUGGAGACAUUUCAUUAGGUUGCUUUAUUACUUCCUGCAGAAUAUUUAUUAAAGAGGCCUCCAAAAUGCUGACUAGACCUUCCCAGGAAAGUGACAGCCCCCAUACUACCUGACUCGGUGCUCACAGUCCUGUUACCGCAGUGGAUCUGGGUACCUCUGAGACGUUCAUGAGUACCCUGUGAGAGAGAUCAUUUUGCAUUGCUCCUGAGCUGAGGUAUAGACAGAUUCAGUGAUUCACACAGGGAGUUUGUGGCAGAACUUGAGCCUAGAUCCUGUGAGUCCCGAUGUCUUAACGGCAAGGCCAUCCUUGUCUUCGUCACUCUAGUGCUUCCCGCCGGUAGAGCCACAACGAAUAUGGCACUUUGCCUGUGGCCGUUCUGUCUCCAGAAUGCAAGUGGCAUUAACCAGCUGUCCAAUCCUCCUCUUGAGUCACAGCGAUUAACCCAUUUGCAGAGCACAGACAAUAGUAGCCAUUAAUCUGCCAUCAGUGAGCAAUGCAACUCACACCAGAGACAAGCCUCCAACUUCCCGAGCAAGUCUCCUGGAGCAGAAGCAGCAGCUUCCCCAGUUUAAGCCAGCAGAGUCCAUUUGGACACUUCACUGCAGACUUUCCUCCCCAGGGAAGGGGCUUCCCCAAGCCUGGCCCUAAUCUGACUGAAGCCUGUAUCUUUUCUGAAUGAGAGUCUGAGCAGGAGAUGGCAAACACAGAACAAAGAGGCAGAAGAAGCAGCGCCAGGCUGCCCCAGAAUCUGAACUAGAAAGAUUCUUCUCCCUGCCUUCCACAGGCCGAGAGCACUGGAGCUUUUUAACUCUUAUUACAAACUGAUACAGACAAAACCAAAGAUGCUUGAUGCUUCAACUCAGAGCCCGCCUACCACUGCGGUGGUACUUCAUACAGUCUCUCCUGUUAGGAAUGAAACCAGGAUCACAUCACCCCACAAAAAUGUUAUCUUUUGAAGGGGCUGCUACCUUCCAGUGCUCCCUUAGGAAUCUGUUUUGGGACUCAACAAUUACAUCCUUGUUUAAGGGACGAAGGGAUAGGCCAUGGUAACUUGUGAAUGUUAAACAAUGUUCCUCUGGUGCCCUGGCAAGGUACUCUGCACCUGAAAACACAACGGUGUAGCUCAGAGCAGAGCAGGCUUAGCUGCUGGGCUGAGCCUUCCCGACCAGUUAUGCCAGCGUAGCUACGGUGCUGUAGUCCCCGCACUGCAGAUGUGGCCCAGGUCAUGAAGAGCAAAGGGAAAGUACUUGUUAUGAAUAAAGCGAAGCCCUCAACCUGUAAUGGGAGGAAAUGCAGACAGGUCUCUCCUACUCCAUGUGUACAUUCAAAUACAAACAGGACAAUCAAGGAGCCUAAUUCUCACCCACUUACACCAGAGCAAGGGAGAACAGGAUCAGGCUUGGUAUGUUUUGCACUGUUAAGCAAAUAGCCAGAGCCCUUCCUUACACACACAGAAACUGGGGUGAAAGGCUUUGAAACCAGAUAGAGUCCAGAUGGCACCAAAGUGACUCUGUGAAGAGAAUGAACUGAUAAAGAGAAGCAGGACACAGAGCCCUCCCAACCUGGCAUGGGAUACCAGAGCCAAUGUCCAGCAAAUGGCAUAAAGGGCUUGUCCAAAACCUGCUGAAGUCAAUGGGAAUCUUUCCACUGACUCAGGAGCAGUGCCCAAGGGAUCAAAUGAUCCAGCAGCAGCCCUAGUCACUCAGGGCAAAGCAGCGGCCAGGUGACCAAAUUCUCAUACCCACACACACAAAUUCUCCAAUCCACCUAGACACAUGCAGUCGUGGUGGGAAUCUCUCAUGCAGUAACCCAGAUAUCGAUACUUUGAGGAAGCCUGGGACAUUCAAGGUCCUCCGCUGACACAUUUAUCAUUUCAAAACUAUGCCCUGGAGGGUUUUGAGAACUCCACAGUUAAUACCUGUCAAAUGUGAAAAUACCCGCAACAAGCUCUGCAGCACUUCCUUAGAAGAUUAAAACCGUGUAACUUUGUUUCCUGUAUUACAGGGGAUUAAAGAGGCAGUGCCCUGAUGUGUUAAUUCUGCUGUAUUUUCCCACACCACUAGAAAUUACACACUGAGAUUAGGCAAAAUAUGCUUAAUCUUUCUUUUCAGCAGGAAAUCUGUAUUUAUUAAUGGUUCUGGAUCAAGGACUCUCCAAGGGGAAAGAGAAUAAUGCCUGAAACCUAGAUCUUCGUUCUCUCGGCAACGAUUCACCCACCGGCUUUCUGAACCUGGAAACAGGGACUCUGUUGUUGUUUCAGCCUGGGACCAGACUGCUGGCAUGUAAAAUUAAAAAGGUGGUAGAGGAGUUUUUAAACUAAGGGCUGGGGAAAGCUGACCAGUGCGGAGGAGCACACAGUUCGGACAGAGCCAUCCUAUACAAGAGGAUUUCUGAAAGGGGAUACUCUAUAUCCUAGUAAGGAGGAGAGGACAGAAGUUGAUAAAGUACAGGUAGGAAUUGAAGAGAACCAGUAAACAAAAAAAGAACCCCAUUCAAUUACAUCACAUGAAGGCAGACAACUAAAUAUGGACAAACAUUAUAAGUGACUGUCUAUAACUGCUAAAAAUCUAAAUACCAAGAUGGGUGAACUUGAGUUCCUGGUAUUAAAUGAGGAUAUUGAUACAAAAGGCAUCACAGAAACAUGCUGGAACAAUAACAUUCGAUGGGACACGGUAUUACCAGGGCACAAAAUAGGAAUGACGGAAUAGGUCGUGCUGGUGGGGGAGUGACGCUGUAUGGGAAAGAAAGCAUAGAGUCAAAUAUAACAACAAUCUUAAAUGAGCCAAACUGUACCAUUGAAUCUCUAUGGAUAGAAAUUCCCUGCACGUACAGGUUAAACUGGAAAGUUUUGUUGGUUGUAUACAGUCCAGGGGUUGUGCAUUAACCACCCCAAUGUAUCAUUUCUCCAGUCAGGUCCUGAUUCCAUUUAAGCGGAUUUACUCUUUUCCCCAAGACAUACGUAUUAUUCUCAGUAAUGCUAAUGGAAGUUAUGCAUGUACACCAAGAAGACGGCAGGCUGCUAGUAAGGGUGUGUCAUCUCCCAGCACAGUUACCAGAAUAAAGAAAAGCUGUAUCCAGUUUAGACUAGUGGCCUGGCACUUGUGAAGAAAGCAGCAUUUCUCAGCAGGAUAUGCUGUGAAAUGUGCCAGUAAAUUACAUUUUUUCUAACUAAAUGGUUAUUUCUGAACUUCCUGCUGCUAGCAGCUACUCAGCUAAGACCAUUCUAUCAGUUGUGGCCAGGCCAGCAUGGCAGCUCCGUUGCACAAACUGCAAACACAUCACCAUCCUCCUGAGACGCUAGUUCAAAAAGAAUCUAAAUAGAAACCGUAGGGCUUGGCGCUCUGUUGCCUGGCACCUGAGCCGCCAUUUGCACGAGUGCAAAGUGGGGUUGGCCACCACCUUCCAGAUGUAGCUGUUUUACUCUCACUUUACACAGCUGAGAACAACAGAGAAUCAGAACCAUCAAGGAACACUGCAUGUAGCCAGAGAUGCCACACCAGGGUGGUGUAUAAAAUGCAACGCUCUCUAUAAAAGUACAUUAGCCUAGUGUUAAGAAUAAAAGUAAUACCAUAUGUGAACAAAAUACAGGAGAACACUGUGUAUGGAUGCACUCAAAACAAACACCAAAGCAAGGUUUCACAUCAUCCCAGCCAUUGAGAAAUGCAGAUGAGGUUGAUAAAUAUGUUCCUCCAGUUGGAUUUUUGCAAAGAUCUGUACUUUUCUUAACAGCGCUGUUCUAAGAGGCCCCCCACAAAGCAUAAGAAAAUGACGAGCCCCAAGGGAAAGAACAAAAGCUUUGUUCAUGCUAAAGAUAUUCUCCAACUCAGAAUCUAAUUCAGUCAGCGUACUCCCAUCUCACACUUUGUGAGCAGAUGGCUUGCUGCUCCCUGCACCAAAGAACUGCCCUGCAAAGACAGGAGACUCCAACUCAGCACCAAGCUGGGCCAGAUCAGCCUAUCACACAGGCCGUUUAUUCCAGGCUGCAAGGAGAGCUGAGUGUGUCUCAACCAGCGGUUUCUGCCUAACUGCGGUGCCAGGAUCGCCCACCUGGCGAUGGAAUGGGUGCAUGAUGCAUCUCUGCACCCACCAAGAACAGAGACACUCCUCCCACUACUGAAGAGAAAUAGAAGAUCACAUUGGAUAUUGCUGAGGGUGGGGGAUGAGCAGAAAGCUCUCCAUGGACUGCAGUGGAAGCAGAAGUAACCUCCUGACUUCAGUGAACCUGGUCGCAUACACGCAUUGGCCCCCCUGACACCGAAUGAUUACUGGCAGACAGUAAGGUAACAGCCACAGGCACAGUAAGGCAAAUGAAUCGGCUUGUGCUGAUUACAGUUACACGGGAGUAAAUUGGAGUGAUUCAGCUGGAGUCUCUCCAGAUUUACAUCAGCAUUGACCAGAGCAGAGCAUGGCCCUUGGAUUUAAAAGAAAUCACGUUUUUCUGUCCUUCACUAAGCUCCUUUCAACAUGUCCAUCCCUCUCCUCCUUCGGAGCUGCCUCUCCUCUUGUGCUCUGCUCCAGAGCAGGGGCUCUCUGCUUUCUCCAGCCUGCCACCACAAGCUACAGCAGACAAAAGUUUCAGGACCCCUCUGAGCAAAAAAACUGGAGGGCUGGAUGGGGAGAGGAGCAUGUAGAGAAAAUUGCGAUUCAGAUGCAAGUCCCAUGGGAUCUGCCCAGUUCCCAGAGUCAUAAGGCUACGUCUACACUCAAAUCGCGACAGCAGCGCUGCUGUAGCACUUCAGUGCAGACACUCCCUAUCCCACCAGGAGGGCCUGUCCCGCCAGCGUGGGUAAUCCAUCUCCCCAGGAGACGGCAGCUAGGCUGCCAGAAGAAUUCUUCCAUCGACCUAGUGCUGGCUGCACCCGGGGUUAGGUCGGUGUAGUUCUCUCUCUCACACCUCAAUAGACGGGCCUCUACCAAUGUACGUUCAUAGUGUUGACCAAGCCUGAGAGAGAGAGGUCCUUUGGAGAGGGGGAUAAAAGGAAUCUGCUGUGGGCGCCUGGGUCAACCUCUUGCAGGAAACAGACCAGACCAGAUAGACAGAAUGGUGGAGAACAACAAGCAGCCGGCGGCAAAAUGACCCCUCCUCCUGUGUCGGAACAAGCCCACUUCCACACUUGCAGCACCCUCACUCCUGCAACGUUCCACCUGCCAGCUCUGACCCCUGCCUCCCCGAGACACACACCAAGCCACCCCAAAGCCGUUGGAGGACGCGGCUUGCUCUGAAGCUGGCACUGGAUGUUGGUCAGGAGCAACAGGCUUUAUACUCAUUAAAGAGAAAUCAAUUAGGCUGCUAGAAAUUCA